AUGGCCGCAGAACGACAGCCAUGGGCUGAAGGCGCGGAGGAGAACAGGGGACGGCGGCUGCUUCCUCACGUUGUCGACUACUAUGCUCAUCAGGAACCUGAUCGUGUUUUUGCGGCCAUCUCCACGUCGGAGAGCGUUCCUAAUGGAUUCGAAGAUAUCACCAUGAAGGCCAUGGCAAGUGCCGUGAAUCAUAUGGCCUGGUGGCUGAGUAAAUUAUUGAAAUCCAGACCAUCUGAUAAACAACGCACUUUGGCUUUCAUUGGCCCUGCCGAUCUCCGAUACGCUGUCAUGCUUCUGGCAGCUAUCAAGACCAACUGGAGAUCCGAUGUAUCGGCACUGUUGUACGCUGAUUCCUUGCGCUCCAUGGCGAAGGGGUUGCAGAAGUUCGACCCUUCCAUGGCGUGUAAGCAAGUGCCUACCAUGGCGGAACUUCUCCAGGCCGAAUCGCCCGAAUAUCCAUUUGAAGCGGCAUGGGCAGAUAUAAAGGACCAGACUUGUUUAAUUUUACAUUCGUCCGGGUCCACUGGGCCGCCUAAACUGGUGCAUAUGACGCAUGCUGCUCUAUCAUGCACCGAUAACGACACGAAGGUGCCUGUCCCGGAAGGACGCCAGGCGCAAAAUGCAAGCCAAUUCAAUUUCGAUCCCCCAGCGCGGUUCUACUCUUGCUUCCCGCCGUACCAUUUUGCCGGCCUCAUGGCCUUUACUCUGCUUCCCAUCUUUAGCAAGACCGCCACUGCAGUCAUGGGGCCCCCCAUGAUGCCCCCGAGUGGUUACUUGGUAGACGCCAUCAUGAAACAACAAGACGUGAAAGCCCUAUACUUGCCACCUUCUAUUAUUGAUCAGUGGGCAUCAGACCCCGAGAGCUUGGAGCAGGCCGAGAACCUAGACUUUAUUCUUUAUAGCGGAGGCCCAUUGGCCCAAGCAACCGGAGACAAGCUCGACGAUGUGACCGAUAUUUGCCAGAUUUAUGGCGCUCUUGAGAUGGGACAGAUCCAAGGUCUCAUGCCCCAGGCGGGCGAUUGGCAGUAUAUUGAGCCCAAUCCAGCCGAGGAAUGCCAGUUCGAGGAGGUUGAUGAUGGCAUCUAUGAACUAGUCUUAAACUGUGAUAAGAAAUUUAUUGGGCAGAGAACUCUAGCCCAUACCUUCCCAGAUGCAUCGGUCUGGCGGACAAAGGAUCUGUUCGUCCCCAUCCGUCAAAGCCCGGUCUCUGGCGCUUUCAUUCUCGAACCGAUGAUAUCAUCGUGCUGGCCAGCAGUCACAAAGUCUGGGGCUCUCGUCGUCGGGAAUGGGCGCCCCGAGGUGCUCUUGCUUGUGGAGCCGAGACCAGGGCCGGAAACAGACCGCAUGAGCAAGAAAGAAUUCAUCGACGCCAUUUGGCCUCGGAUCGCCGAGGCAAAUACGCAGUCGACCGAGCAUGGCAAGAUCAGGCGGUCACGGAUUGUUCUUAGUCAACCUAACCUAGGGUUCUUCCGGGCACCCAAGGGGACUAUAUCUCGCAAGCCUACCGAGUCGUUAUAUGCCGAGUAUAUCUCCGCGGCGUUCCUGGAUGGGACGACAGACGAAGAGAGUGAGAUCGGUAUCCUGGAAAAACAUUGGAUCGACGAAGCGAAGCGUUUCAUUGGCUCCGUUGUCCAUGACAUGCACGCCGAUAUCACAUUGAGAGACAGUGAUGACUUCUUUGUUUCCAAGGCCAUGGAUUCCUUAACCGUGCUGGAGCUCGCCCAGAAAAUUAGGCUGAGUCUCUUGAAACGGAUGGACAAGGAAAAGAACACACUCAACUUCUGGCUCCGCACUAUCUUUGAAAACCCAACAAUCGAAGACCUUGCAAAUGCUACGCUAGACGCAGUAUUCGGCCAGGGGGAUUCUUCCAGAGACUCCGAUCCUUUCCGUGCAACUGACCUAUUGGUCGAAGAGCUCGUCUCCGAGUUACCGGAACCUGUGAAAAGAGAAACUAUCUCGGAAUUCCCGACGGCAAACAUCAAAGUCGUCCUUCUUGGAGCACGUGGACGCUUAGGUCCAUUUAUCGUGAAAGACCUUUUAGAUGAUCCGCGAGUCACAGGCAUCAAAUGCUUAGACCGAGGCACCAGUGGGCAAGAAGCAUUCCAGCGUCGUGCAGAUGAGCUGAAGAUUGCCAUUGAUGCAAAGGAUCCAAAGCUGCAGUUUGUGUCCGUGGACAUCUCUGAGCCAGAUCUGCGUCUGCCACAGGAGGAACUGAAUGAAAUUCUCAACCAUGCAAAUGUUAUAAUUCACAACGUAUGGGCAGUCAACUUUGCCUUUUCCCUCGCUUCGUUCGAGCACGAGAUGUUGAAGAGCGUUUCCAGCCUCAUUGAAAUGGUCAACCGAGCCCCGGCCCGGCCUCGUCUAGUUUUCAUAUCAAGCGUGAGCUCGACGCAGUCCUGGUCGAAGGUCAUCUCUCCGCAUACCCUCGUGCCAGAAGAAGUGAUCAACACUCCUACUGUAACCGCGAAAACAGGUUACAGCCAAUCCAAACAGGCUGCAGAAAGAUUGCUCGCUGCCGCCGGGGCUCGACUGAAUAUUCCAAUCUCGGUCUUGAGAGUCUGCCAAGUCGCCGGUCCUACCAACAUCGCGGAGGGUGGGAAAUGGGAAAGCCACGACUGGAUGCACUCACUUGCCAUACUUUCCAAGGCCAGCGGCUUGGUCCCCACCGAUCUGGGUUAUAUUGACUGGAUCCCCGUGGACAAAGUGUCUAGUAUUGUGCGGGACCUUAGUCUCCACGAGCAGAGCACAGCCUCAUCUAACUUCCAAUUAUACAAUGUCGUCCACCCGCAGCCUAUCCCAUUCUCAAAAUUUUCAGAUGCUUUGCAAAAGUCCAUUUCUUCUUCAAAGCCCGUGCGCUUUAAGGAAUGGGUAGAGCAUUUGGCUGGGCUGGCUCCCAACAAACUAUCCAAAGACGCUGAUACGGAGAAAGCCCGCAUCCUGCCUUGGUUCCAAAGCAUUAUCGAUCAGGAAGCCUCCCAUUAUUCGGUUGAGAAGGCCAAGGCUGCCAGCCCGACAAUGGCCGGUUUGAAGCCUAUUGAAGAGGAGUGGCUGGAAAAAUGGUGCCAGCAUUGGGUUUGA